AAAGCGUGACAGAAAAUUUCUGGAGAUUUGCGCUUUUAUUUUGCAAAAUCUAUUUUCUUGUUUUUUCGCGAAAUAUUAUCAUUGUGAAGUGAAAAUGAAUGGGGAUUUAGUAGCUUGUCCAUACAACAAGAGUCACUUAGUGGCACCAUUGCGAAUGCCACAACAUUUACUUAAGUGCAAGAAAAAUUAUACUGGAGAAUCACUUGCGACGUGCGAAUACAAUGCUCUUCACUUGAUACCCUUUGAAGAAAUGGAUGAGCACUACAAGAAAUGCAUUGAUUACAAGCGAAAAGUCAUGAAGGAGGGAAAUGACGAAUUUGUGGAUAAUAUGCAUGUUACUAAUGCAUAAAAUUUAUUUCAUCAUCAUUUUGCUUUUAUCAUAAAGUUGACGAAGUUUUUGUUUUACAAGGAUGAGGGAGGGAAA